UUCCAGCAUGAAGCACAGGUGAGUGGGCGGAGCAGCAAGGAGAACCAAAAAACAAGCAGAGCGUGUCAGCCACGUGCAGAGAAAACACAAUGAGAAGCUUCAUAUCCAUGACUCAUGAACUGUGAGAUUGCAGUGAGAUGGAACAUUUCUGGGCUAAAAUGAGCUGUUGGGAGUUGGUACCACAAACCGCCAUGGCUGUAGUUGAAGCCCCGAACUCCGGGGCCACAGACUGCGUGACCAAGGUGGCUCUAAGCAUCUCAUGUGACAAUCUGCUCGACAAGGACGCCUUCUCCAAGUCCGACCCUAUGUGUGUGGUUUUUAUGAACACCUCGGGAUCCUACUGGUCUGAAAUUGGCCGAACGGAGAAGAUCCAGAACUGCCUCAAUCCUACAUUUUCCAAAAGCAUCACCCUGGAUUAUUACUUCGAGAUGGUGCAGAAGCUCCGCUUUGAGGUUUACGACAUCGACUCGGAAGACUGCAGUUUGCAGACCGCCGACUUUCUAGGGCAACUGGAAUGCACCCUGGGGCAGAUUGUGUCGUCAAGGCAACUAAGGAGGCCGCUCUUAAUGAGAGACAAGACGGCUGCUGGGAAAGGAAGCAUCACUAUCUGUGCGGAGGAGAAAACAGACAACAGGGUGGUGGCAUUUGAAAUGGAAGGUAGAAAACUGGACAAAAAGGAUUUUUUUGGGAAGUCUGACCCGUUUCUGGAAUUUUUCAAGCAGACCGAAACUGGAUGGCAGCUGGCUCACAGGACAGAGUUUGUGAAAAACACCCUAAACCCAGUCUGGAAGCCAUUCCGGAUCCCAAUGCAGUCACUGUGUGGAGGAGAUGUGGAAAAGUCCAUAAAGGUUGACUGCUACGACUACAACAACAGCGGCUCUCAUGACUUCAUCGGAUCCUUUCAGGCCACGCUUUGCCAAAUCCAGCAGGCCUCAGAAACGUUUGCAGCAGAGUUUGAGUGUAUUAAUGGAAAGAAGAAGGAAAAGAAGAAAGGAUACAAAAACUCUGGGAUCAUCGUCAUCAAACAGUGCAAGAUUGUGAAGGAGUACUCUUUUUUGGAUUACAUCAUGGGGGGAUGUCAGAUUAACUUCACUAUCGCUAUUGAUUUCACAAACUCCAAUGGAAAUCCUGCCUUACCCACGUCUCUGCACCACAUCAACCCUCAAGGCUACAAUGAGUACCUGGCAGCCAUCUGGUCUGUCGGUAAUGUCAUCCAGGAUUAUGACAGCGACAAGAUGUUUCCUGCAUUUGGUUUUGGUGCCAAGCUGCCUCCUACCUGGCAGGUCAGCCAUGAAUUUCCCAUCAACUUCAAUCCAUCAAAUCCCUUCUGUGCAGGUGUUGAAGGUGUGAUCGCAGCCUACCAGCAGUGUUUGCCUCAGAUCAGGCUUUACGGCCCCACAAACUUCUCCCCCAUCAUCAACCAUGUGGCCCAAUUUGGGAGACAAGCCUUGGAGCAGCAAACUGCAUCUCAAUACUUUGUCCUGCUCAUCAUCACUGACGGAAUCAUCACAGACAUGGACGAGACGCGUUCCGCCAUCGUCCGCGCUUCCCGGCUCCCCAUGUCCAUCAUCAUCGUCGGAGUGGGAGGAGCCGACUUCAGCGCCAUGGAGUUCCUGGACGGAGAUGAUGGACUUUUGCGUUCGGCCACCGGCGAGGCCGCCAUGCGGGACAUCGUGCAGUUUGUCCCGUUCAGGCAGUUCCAGAACGCAGGCACUGCAGUCCUUGCACAAAGUGUACUGGCAGAGCUGCCUGACCAAGUGGCCUCCUUCUUCACUUUAUUUGAACUGAUCCCCCCCAGAGACCCCGGCCCUUCUUAGAAAUUGUCCUCAGGAAGCCCUUUCUCAGUGCGUGUUGGCAGAAGUUCCAGGUCAGGUGGCGGAAUUCUUCCACAAAAUGAACUUGAGGCCUCCUCACGGCGACUCGCCUCUCUCUGAAAUGCCUCCAUCAGCACCUCCUCCCACCGGGCUUUGAAAGCCCAGCCAUCCAUCUCCAAGCCCGCCUACUUCAACCUGAAAUCUGUGUAUGCUCCACCUAUAUCGCCAUGUUAGCAAGUAGCAUUAGCCUAAAUGUAGGAUUUGUAAACCUUGUUAAUCCAAAUAUGAAGACAUGUUGUGGAGGACUCUACCUAAUUUCUACCAGAUGUUUUUUCACAGAUGUUCACUGUGAAUAUUACGUUUUAUUUGAUGUGACCCAAGUGCCAGAAUGGUUCAAAGUACCAUAGUUUUUUUUUUUUUUUACAUUCUUGUUGAUUUUUAGAAAACUAUCUGAACCCUUCUAGAAAUCUUAUUGUUUUUAUUAUGUUUUUAAAGAACUGAAGCAGCUCGUAAAAGCCAUUUCAAGCCAAAUGCAAACACAGAAAAACCAGAGCACUUUUAGAGUUUUUCACAGAAAUCUCUCCUGCAGCACUUGCAUGCUAUUAAACUCCUUUCUGUUGGUUUUAGUGAUGGAAAGUACAGAAGAUGUAUUCAGGAACAUGGUCGAUGCUUUCCAAGUGUUUACAGAACUGGACUGUUAAAUAUUUAGAACCUAAGAGGAAUUUACACUUACAAAAUAUUGUUUUUUGUUUGUUUUUCUAAUUCAGCGUUUCAUGUGAUUAAGCUCAACUCUGGGUGCUGCCAUACAAGCGUUCACUUUUCUGUAUAAAGAACCCCUUAAAGUGGUUAAAAAUAUCAUUAUUUACACUAUUUUGUACUGUAAAUUAUUUGUUUUCACUGUAGGAAAAAUUCACUUUGUCUUAAUAGAAGUAUUAUAUGUACUUCACACUUACCUACAUUUUACACAUAUGAACUAAACUAUGCAAGAUCAUAUAUCCAACUGUAAUUUUGGUUGAACUUUUUUUCCUAUUUGCCAUAUGAUGCCAAUCUUUUUGUUUUGGCCCAGCUGCUUUUACGCCAACAAUAAAAAAAAAAGUUUUCUUAUAAUUGA